AUGAAACUAACACCCCGGGGGGGCUCCGACCCCCCCAAUAACCCAUCCUUAACCCUAACCCCCCCCUCAUAUCAAACAUAUCAAAAAUUAACAAAAAAAGAAGCAAUCACCGAAGAUGAGAAAACCAAUCUCAGCCUCGAGUUGGACUCCAAACUCAAUAACGAAUUAAAAAAACCAAUAGAAGACCAAGACAAAAACCAAAUAAAAAACAUAAGAAAAAUCCAAAACAUGAUUGAAGAUCAAGAAAAACCAAUGGAAUCAGAUAACACAAUAAUAGAAAACGAAAAAACCUACUACAACCCAAACUUAAAACAAAAAGGCCCUUUUACAGUCAUAAUCCAAGGAAAAAACGAAGGGAAUAACCUAUCAGCUGCCCACUGCAUGACAAUUGCAAAAAUACUUAAAAAUAAAAACAUAACCGGCUUCAACAAAAUUUCCAACAAAGGCUAUAACAAAGUUGGCCUAGAUUUCAACACAGCUGAACAAGCUAACUCAUUCAUAGACAGAACCGAUCUAGACAAUUGGAAAACAUUUAUACCAUUAAACCUGACCACUAUAAAAGGAAUCGUAAAGAACAUCCCCCUCGAUUUCCCAAUUGAGGAACUAAAAGAAGCUGAAAGUGCAGCAAAAAUUUUACAUUUGAGGAGAUUAACUGCACCAAAAAGGGAUAAAACCGGAACAAUCAUAAAAGACCACGAACAAAAACCUAUUUAUACCUCAACAGGUAUGAUAGUAAUAACCUUUGAAGGCAAAAAAUGCCCCAUAGAAAUUAAAUACAACCAUUAUUCAAUGCUUAUAGAAACCUAUAUCCCCCCGGUCAUCCAGUGUCUCUCCUGUCUGAGGUUCGGCCACUCAGCAAAAAUUUGUAAAAGUAAACCCAGGUUCAGAAAAUGCGGUAACGAAGACCACAUAAAAGAUGAAUGUCAAAAUGCACCAAAAUGUACAUCCUGCGGUAAAGACCACAUGGCAACGUCAAAAACAUGCGAGGAAUACAUACGACAAAAAAGUAUCAAUGAUUACGUAGCCAGAAACCGGGUCUCAUUCUUCGAGGCGCAACAAAUUUUCCCUUUAAAAAAACCCGCACCUAAUCAAGAACUCAACUCCAAUACAAGAUUCCCCCUACUUCCCAGACGACAGGAAACCUUCCAAAACCUAAGGCUAAACAUGCCACAAUUGCCACUCACAUCCCACUCCGAAGUUGUACAACAAUCAAAAAGAAAAAGAGAAAUACAACAGCACAGCCCAGGAUAUGACAGAGCAGCCCAUAAUUCUCAAUUAAUAUCCCUAUCCCCAAGGCUUCCAUCAACAUAUUCCGUAAACAACCAACACUCAAAAUUAUUCAAAGACCCAAUCACAGAAAAGUAUUUUGUUGCAAUUCCGCACGCCAAGAUGUAUUCGCGCGCCAAACGAAGCGUUAAAAAUAAGUUGACUUCUGAAAAAGAAAGCGGUGUUGCCAAAUUUAUGGUGCCAGAGAGCAAACAUAAUUGUAUGGUGCCACUUUGCGUCUAUUUACCAACUUGUAUGCACCGCAGCGCCCCCAUCGGAGGAUGGUCGAACUAA